AUGUCUUCAGUACAAAAGUCAGGCGCGCGGCGCCAUUCAUUCGCGUCCUUUGCCGGGACUGCGUCUGAGCAUCACCACAAAAAGAUUCCAAAUUGCGAGACGAGCCAUCCAGACAAUCCGAUUCCGGUUGAGCCCAAGACAAUGCCAUUGUACAACCUUCCACCUACUUCACGAUCACAAUUCGCCUCGAUGAUCGUUAGUCCACGAUCAAGUGUGGAGAGCUUGCGGCUAGCCACAGACAACGACACCAACAAUAGCGAUUCUGAUGCACCUUUGACACCAUUGAGCAGCAGUGAGCCACUAGAUGAAUUGACCGACAAGUUCCGUUCACUGCCACUUGCACAACCGAAGCCAGUAGCGGCCAAGAAGAGGAGGGCAAGCACGACAUAUGCCUCAAAUGCUGAAGACAUUCGAAGAAUCAUCGGGACAGGCAGCGGUACCAAAUUCCUACAAAAAUAUUGCUGUGGAGAAGGGUGUUGCAUGGUGGAAACACUCCCCUUACAUGGCGAAGAUCCAGGCUUCGCACCCAUUCGAGAGCCUGCCAACGCUGCAUAUCGCUUCCUUGGACUCAACCUCCGAGGUCUAUCUCACAAGUCGAUAUUGACCAAGAUUGCGGAUUGUGCGCCACCCAAGGUCAGCUUCGUCCCCGUGCGGAGGGAGUCGAUCGAGAAAAAAUUUCCGGCAGAGGCCAAACAUAGACAUGAUGCCGACUACGUCAACAAGGUCGCUCCCGAAUAUAUGAAACCACAUCCCCCAUACAACAUCUUCAGUGCACCACUCUAUGGAGCGCGAGAAUUGACCAAACCGGGCGCCGAGAAGCGAACUUUUCACUUCGAUGUCGACGUCACCGACUACCCGGCCGAGGGCGGUGUGGAUUUCAAAGUUGGUGGCGCUAUUGGAGUUUGCCCACCAAACGAUCCUGCUGUGGUUCAAGAUAUCAUGGACCAACUUGGAAUCCCACGUUUUCAGCGUGAUAAGCCGUUGCGCGUUGUCACCACGGGAGGACGAUGGCCGACUAUUUGGGGUGAUGAGGAAGCUCGUGAACUCAUCACAACCAAGCGUGAGAUUCUCACCUGGACCGUCGAUAUCACUUCUCAAGCUCCCACCAAACCUCUGAUUCGUCUACUUGCCGAGCACGCCAGCGACACCACUGAGCGUCAAAUUCUAUUAUAUAUUUGUAGCGCUCAGGGUCAGGCUGCUUUUUGCGAUCUCCGGACAGGCCCACACAUCACAUUGCAACAACUCUUACAUGCAUUCCCCUCUUCAAAGCCGCCCCUUGAGGACCUCUGCGGCGUUUUGAACCAACUCAUGCCGCGCUUCUACUCCCUUUCCAAUGAUCCGCACGUUUCCUCUGCGCGAGAGGGUCUUGCUGGUCGGCGGUUGGUUGAGAUCGCCGUGACCAUCCACGAGACGCCUUCCUUUACAGGCUCAAACCGAACUGGUGUAGGAUCUGGAUUUAUGGAACGACUCGCGGCCAAAUUCAUCGCUGCGGAAGAAGAGGCAUCCCACGACUCGUCCGCACCCGCCAGUGGCGUGGCCGGUCGUGCUCUCGACCUCCGAGUUCCGAUGUUCCGCGGUCUGAUGUCCAAUCCACUUUCUCGGGAAUUUGCCAGCGACGGUCCCAUGGUCCUCAUCGGCGCCGGUGUCGGUAUGGCGCCCUUCCGCGGCUUCAUCCUUAAUCGAUUGAAGAACGCCAACUGCGCCAACAAGAUCUGGCUCAUCCAAGGCAUCCGUGAUUCCAAACUCGACGAAAUCUACCGCGGCGAGCUCGGCGCCCACGAGAUGGAUAUCAAAAAGGUCGUCCAAUCCCGCGCCACAGCUGAGCCUACCAUUGAGCCUCAGCCCGAUGUCGUCGCCAAAUACGUCCAGGACGAAGUCCGCCUACAGGCGGACAUCGUUUGGUUCGUCAUCAAUGCGCCAGAUGGUCGAAUCUUUGUCUGUGGCUCAACACGAGGCAUGGGCGAGGGUGUUGAACAGGCGCUGGUUGACGUUGCGAUGGACAAAGGUGGUCUGGACGCUGCUACUGCCCGGGACUUCUGGGAGGGAAAGAAGAAAGCGGGGCAGUACAUUGCCGAGACAUGGUAGAGGAAGUCAAAGUGGAGUGGGGUCUCUCGUAAUGACGAGGAAAUCUGCUCGAAAUUUUUGUUUUCGGUUUGCUGGUUGGAUCCGAAUCGCUUGGAGGGACAUGAUCGCAUUGAUCUUGCUCAUUUUGGUUCUUUGCACAUACGAAAAGUUCGCUCAGGGAGGAACUGUCUUUGGUCGAUUUGAACCUGGUUUUACUUGGGAUGGGCGGGCGUUUUGUGUUUAUUUUCCUAUCUACUCUUGCGGGAUAGAGCAGUCUCUCGUCUUUCAGCAUAUUACCAGAUCUCUGGUUCGAAAUUAUACGAUCUUGAAUUGAACAUGUGCUCAUGGCAAGAUGGGACAAACGAUAGAUAUAUACACACGAUCUGUUUUGCAAGCGUUGGUCUACUGCC